CACAACACUAGAAAGAGGGGUUGUAAAAAACAUCAAAGCAUUCAUUUACGCCACUUUUUGAUAUUGAUACGCUGUAGCUCGACUGAAAAUGGCUGCUGAGACUUCUACCACCCAGGUUGAGGCCAUCACGGCGGACAACAUCCUCCGACUCUUCCCUGACAUCGAUACCUCCAGCGCCGCAUUUGAGGGGCACGAUGAGGAGCAGAUCCGCCUCAUGGACGAGGUCUGCAUCGUCCUCGACGAGAACGACAAGCCAAUUGGAAACUUCAGCAAGAAAAUCUGUCACUUAAUGACAAACAUCGACAAGGGUCUUCUUCACCGCGCAUUCUCGGUAUUCCUCUUCGACUCCCAGAACAGGCUGCUUCUCCAACAGCGUGCGACAGAGAAGAUCACAUUCCCAGAUAUGUGGACAAACACGUGCUGCUCUCACCCACUGGGUAUUCCAGGGGAAGGUGGCGCUGAGCUGGCCGAGGCCGUGUCUGGCGUGAAGAAUGCCGCUCGGCGCAAGCUGGACCACGAGUUGGGAAUCAAACCCGAGCAGGUUCCAUUCGACGAUUUCCGUUUCCUUACCCGAAUUCACUAUAAGGCGCCUUGUGGUGAUGGAAAGUGGGGCGAGCACGAGAUUGACUACAUUCUCUUUAUCAAGGCGGAUGUCGACCUCAACCCAAGCCCCAACGAAGUGCGCGACGUCAAGUAUGUUACUGCUGACGAGCUUAAGGCUAUGUUCAAAGACUCGAGCUUGGUUUUCACACCAUGGUUCAAGCUUAUCUGCGAGUCGCUGCUAUUUGAUUGGUGGGCUCAUCUCGAUGCAGGACUGGAGAAGUUUGAGAACGAGAGCGAGAUCCGAAGAAUGUAGAGGGGCUUUGCAUAUUUUAAUAGAUAACUGAUGGUAAAUCACCACAGUUCUCGGCUCACGGUAUUUCCGCAGUCGUUUAACGUUUAACGAAGAAGAAACAUAUACCCAGCUGAGUACGCCGAGCAAUUGAUUGUACUUGCACAUAUCAUGGGUUGGAUCUCUCGUUACUUAUGAGAUGCAGUUAUAGGUUCUUGUGCCUUGUGCUUUGUGAAAUACCGACCAGUUUCAGUGACAGUCAUGCCACGACAAAUUGUCUUGGACCGUUUGCUUGCC